AUGGAGAUUUUCGAUCUUCAUCAUCCGUUGAUUCUGGUCUUUGGCAUCCUAGGUAACAUUGUGUCUACCGGUGUUUACUUUGCGCCACUGCCUACAUUUAUCCAAAUAUUCAAGCAGAAAUCCACAAUGGGGUUCCAGUCUUUGCCAUAUGUGGUGUCCCUGUUUAGCGCAUUGCUGUGGAUGUACUAUGCAUUUAUCAAAAAAGGCGACACUUUCCUUCUAAUCACAAUUAACGCUCUUGGUUCAUUAGUUGAGUUUAUUUACGUCAUCAUUUUCUUGGUAUAUGCUACACCUAGUGUCAAGUUUCAAGUUGUGAAGACUAAAAGCAUCGAUUUCAUGCCAUUCCCAUUAUCAUGCUUCCUCACGUUAAGCGCCAUGAUGUGGUUUGCGUAUGGGAUGUUCACAUCCGACUUAUGCGUUACUGUUCCCAAUGUUCUAGGUUUUGUAUUGGGGAUAAUUCAGAUGUCAGUAUAUAAAUAUUACAAACAAAAUAUAAGAAAUGUGCCAGGCAUUCCAGAAGCAAAGGAGCAAGAACACAUAAUAAACAUAAAGACAUCCAAUUCGGAAGUAUACCCUGUGGAUUCUGGUCAGAGCAGCAGCACUGAAGUCGAAGAAGAAAAGAAUACAACGAAGGGUGGUGGUGAAGUUAUUGAGCAUAAUAAGUGUAGGGCAAGGGCGACGGUGGAUGUUGAACCUUGUGGGGUGGAAGUAGUCACUAUCAGUGUGAAGCCUCUGCUCAUAAUUUGUGCAGCUUAA